AUGGAUUCGGAAACAGCAAUUCAGCUGCUGGAGGCUCAGCGGCAAGUUUGGGAUCACUCCUACGCCUACAUCAAGACCAUGGCUGUUCAGUCCGCCAUGGAACUGGACAUCCCAGGUGUGGUCCAGAGCCACGGCAAGCCCAUCACCGUCCGCGAGCUGGGCUCGGCCCCGAAAAUCGCACCGGCCAGAAUCCCUUUCCUCGCCCGCCUCAUGCGGAUGCUGGCCCACAUGGGCUACUUCGUGGAGAAUCUGAAAGACGGCGAUGAUGAAACAGCCACGAGCUAUUCCGCAACGCUGAUGUGCGGGUUUCUGGUCAAAGACAGCCCUUUCAACGCCGCAACAUGGUUCCUCCUGGCCAACGACCCGAUCGCGGUGGACCCGUGGCGCUCUUUCGGCGCUUGGAUACGUCAACCCCCCGCCGCCGCCGGCGUCGGAGAUUUCCCGUUCACCCAUGCUCACAAUGGGAAGAAGCUGUACGAGGUGUGCAGGGAUGUCCCGCGGAUAGCGAAGAUGAUGAACGAAGGGGGUCUCGAGUCGAUCGUGGACGUGACCGGCCACACGGGCACGAUUUCCGAGGACCUCGCGGAGGCCUUCCCGCAGAUUCGCUGCAUCGUCUUCGAUCUCGCCCAGGUGGUCUCUCCGGCUGGUGACGUGUUUCAAGAGAUCCCUCCCGCUGAUGCCGUCUUCCUCAAGGAAAAGUCAUUUUUUUUCUUCUUUCAAUGCACGCAGUGGGUACUGUGCGACUGGAGCGACGAAUCAUGUGUGAAGAUACUGAAGCAAGCCAAGGAAGCGGUGACGAGCAAUGGAAGGGGAAAGGUGAUGAUAGUAGAAAUGGUGGCAGGGCACCAGAGCUGCAGCGAUCGCGAAGCGACUGGAACACUCUUGUAUCUUGACAUGGGAAUUAUGAUGACUGUUGAAGGAAAGGUAAGAACCGAACCACACUCUGAAGCUGGAUUCGCCAGUUACACCAUUACCCCAGUUUGUGGCCUGCGAGUCCUCAUUGAACUCUAUCCUUAA